AUGUUUCUGCAGGAUUUCCUGCUGCAGAAAUACAGUGUGGUCAUCAUAGAUGAAGCUCAUGAGCGCAGCGUCUACACAGAUAUCCUCAUCGGCCUCCUGUCACGCAUCGUCCCACUCCGUAACAAGAAAGGCUUACCCAUGAAGCUGAUCAUCAUGUCGGCAACGCUUCGUGUGGAGGACUUCACUGAAAACAAGAGACUCUUCCGAACUCCUCCACCGGUCAUCAAGGUGGAGGCCCGCCAGUUUGCGGUCACAGUUCAUUUUAAUAAACGCACACCAGUGGAUAACUACACUGGAGAAGCUUUCCGUAAGAUCUGCAAGAUUCACCGUAUUCUGCCGCCAGGUCAUAUUCUGGUGUUUCUGACGGGUCAAGCAGAGGUUCAUUCUGUGUGUCGCAGACUGAGGAAGGCUUUCCCUUACAGACCCCAGCGAGGGCACACAGAUUCGAUGGAAACAGAAGAAGAUCUGAAGAAGUCGAAAAGAGCGAAGAAAAAGAAUAUGUCCCUCCCGAGGAUCAGUCUGGACAGUUACUCGACUCUGCCGGUGGAUGAGGGUGAUAAGGAUCGUCAGGCAGGCAUUGAUGAUGAUGAUAAUGAGGGUUCAGACCUGGAGCUGGAGCUGGGAGAUCAUCCAGACAGCGAUAACGAGGAGAAGGCCGAUCCGUCCAUCCCGCUGUAUGUGCUUCCUCUCUACUCUCUGUUGGCUCCUGAGCAGCAGGCAAAGGUUUUCCGUCCUCCUCCGGCCGGAGCGCGUCUGUGUGUCGUCGCGACUAAUGUAGCCGAGACGUCUCUGACGAUCCCCGGCAUCAAGUAUGUCGUGGACUGCGGUCGAGUGAAGAAGAGGUUUUAUGACAGAGUCACAGGCGUCUCCUCCUUUAAGGUCACCUGGAUCUCACAGGCUUCAGCCAAUCAGAGGGCAGGAAGGGCGGGCAGAACGGAGCCGGGCCACUGCUAUAGGCUCUACUCGUCCGCUGUGUUUGGAGAUUUCACUUUGUUUUCGGAGGCUGAAAUCACACGGCGUCCCGUCGAUGACCUCGUCCUUCAGAUGAAAGACCUCAACAUUGAAAAGGUUGUGAAUUUCCCGUUCCCGACUCCUCCCUCUCCCGAGGCGCUGAUCUCUGCCGAACAGCUCCUGAUCUCUCUGGGAGCGCUGGAGGAACCGCCUCGACACGGACGUUUGAGUGAGAUGGAGAGAGCGCGUCUGUCGUGUCCCAUAACCCCUCUGGGUCGAGCGAUGGCAGCGUUUCCCGUAGCACCGCGGUACGCUAAGAUGCUAGCGCUGGGCCGUCAGCAGGGCUGUAUGCCGUAUAUCAUCACUAUAGUGGCAGCCAUGACCGUCAGAGAGAUCUUUGAGGACUACGACAGGCCUGCGGCCAGCGAGGAGGAGAGCACUCAGAUGGCAGGGAAGAAAGCCAGAUGUGUCCAGAUGAGGAGGUUAUGGGCUGGGCAAGGACCGUCGGUUCAGCUCGGAGAUCUGAUGGUUCUGCUGGGGGCGGUUGGUGCUUGUGAAUUUGCGGGCUGUACUCGUCAGUUCUGUGAGGAAAACGGCCUUCGGUACAAAGCCAUGCUAGAAAUCCGAAGACUACGAGGACAGCUGACCAAUGCUGUGAACGCCGUGUGCUCUGACGCUGGUGUAUUCGUGGAUAAUAAGAUGGCUCCUCCGACAGAGUCUCAGGUGCUGUGUUUACGACAGAUCGUACUGGCAGGUUUAGGAGAUCACAUCGCCAGACGAGUGCAGGCCGAGGAGCUGCUCGACCCCAAAUGGAGGAACGGCUACAAGACUCCUCUGUUGGAUGAUCCAGUGUUCAUUCACCCAUCAUCUGCCCUUUAUAAGACGCUUCCAGAGUUUGUUGUUUAUCAGGAAAUCAUGGAGACCACCAAAAUGUACAUGAGAGGUGUUUGUGCCAUUCAGGCCGAAUGGAUUCCGAAGCUCCUCCCACAAUACUGUCACUUCAGUGCUCCGGAGGAAAGCCCCGCCCCCUGGCUCUGCCCACUGAGCGGCCGAGUGAAGUGUCAUCAGCAGAGCACCUUCUACAGAGUCAGUUGGAAGCUUCCUGCCAUUGAGAUGGAUUACCCAGAGGGCCUUGAACAUUACAAACUGUUUGCAAAGUUUUUCCUGGAGGGCCAGGUUUGUCCCAAGAUUGAGCAGUUCAGCAGGUGUUUACUGUCGUCACCCUCCACCAUGCUGAAGACAUGGGCCAAGCUGCAGCCGCGGACUGAAGCUCUUCUGACGGCGCUGGUGUCCGAGAACGUCAACAACAGAACGUCUUUAGAAGCUGCGUGGAAGAAAGAUGAAAGAUAUCUGCUGUCAGCGUUUUGUCAGUGGCUCCCUGAGUCUCUUCAUGCAGAGGUCAGUAAAAGCUGGCCACCGAUCUGACUCACGGACCAGCACUGGGCUUUUUAAUCAAACGCAGUACAAGCGUGCCGUAAGACAUUUAUAACGAACAGGAUCUUCCUGCUUGUGCCUCAUUCUCUGACAUCACACGGAUGGAUUCCUCUGAAAGCCUGUGGACAGAUGAAGACUUCAAGUGUAAAAUGAUGUCAAGAUCUCACGCAGACUGCUUUUUGUAAAAAUCUUCAGAUCAGAGCACAAAAACAAAUAAAUUCCUCUGUCUCCAUA